AUGGGCUCACCAAGUGGGGUUACGUCUAAACUCAAACAUAUCACUCAAGAUGAGAGCACGAUAAGAAACGCCAAAAUUGAGAAUUGCAUUGGCUCCGUCAAAGUUCCUGUGGGCAUCGCUGGCCCGUUGCGUGUCAAAGGUCCAGAUGGAACUGACGGUGAUUUUCACGCCCCCUUAGCAACCUGCGAGUCUACAUUGGUAGCGAGUUGCUCCCGCGGAUGCAAGCUGCUUAGCUCUAGUGGUGGUGUUCAGUUCAAAUUACUGCGGGACACUAUGACUAGGGCUCCUGUCUUCUGGUUUGCCUGUGUGGAAGAUGCUGCUUCGUUUUACGACCUGCUACCCGGCCUCUUCUCCGAGUUCAGAGAUGCUGCACAAUCUACUAGCAGACACGCCCGCCUUGUGAAGAUACAACCUCAAAUUGUGGGAAGCACUGUCCACGUUAUCUUUGAGUACUACUGUGGGAACGCUGCAGGUCAAAAUAUGGUUACAUUUGCUACACAAAAAGCGUGUGAUCGUUUCGCAGCAUCCAAUACGGCCCUGGCAGUGAAUCUUCGCAAAAUCACCAUUGACGGCCAGCUGACCUCGGAGAAAAGCCUAUCUUGGGGAAACAUUUUACACUCGCGCGGUGUUGCUGUCAUGGCUUGGGGGGUGAUCACCCAAGAGGCUUGCCAGAAGAUUUUAGGCACUUCUACAUGGGGCCUUUAUCAACUUGUAAAUAACAGCAAGGAGGCUGCUACUAGAAACGGCCAGCUAGGGUACAGUGUCAAUCAAGCCAAUGUGGUGGCUGCAAUGUUCAUCGCAUGUGGCCAAGAUGCGGCCAGUGUGGCGGAAUCGGCUUGGAGUCACUUGGCUGUUCAAUUUGACCGAGAAACUGAGGAGCUGGGUGUAUCAACCUAUUUCCCAAGUUUGCCAGUUGGAACCGUUGGGGGUGGUACUACUUUGGACACGCAAAGAGAAGCGCUGGAACUUCUUGGCUGUACGGGCCCUGGAUCUAAAGGUCGCUUAGCGGGCCUAAUUGCAUCGUUUGCUCUUGCGCUAGAUAUUAGCACGGCUGCUGCUAUUGGCAACAACACCUUUGCAACUAGUCAUUACAAGCUCGGAAGAUCUACUCGCAGAGAGCAGUCAAAGCUUUGA